GGAAAGAGGCGUUAGAAAUCUGAGCAGGAAAGCGUAGCUUGGUUUUGUGAGCAGCGAAUGGAGGCGGGGAACAUGGACGACCAGCGGGAUGUUCAAACUUACGAGCGACACGACAGACACACCUCGGCAUUGUCCGCCGGCUCGGCCAUGGCAAUGGAGGUUAAACGAAAGAAAAUCCAACAAAGCUCUCUAUUCCCACAGAAAGAGAAUGCAAACGUGCAAGAGAAGCUCGACUUUGAGAAGAGAAUGCGCGAGGGAGCGUACAAGCUGCUGCUGGCUUGCAGUAAAAGGGAACAAGUCCUCAACGCUUCUAAGAACCUGCUGACCUGCAACGCCAGGAUCAGGGCUUAUCUCGCCCAGCUGCAGCGGCAAAAGGGGCAGCAGGGCCUGAUGGGAGCCGGCAGAAGACAUGCUGAUGGCCGUUCACCGUGUUCUGGGACCAUCGCAGUUACUGGCCUACGUUUUCCUUUGCUGUGGAGGGAUUCAGACCAUUUCAAUAACAGAGGAAGCUCUCGGCGGGUGGCGGUGUUCUGUCUGCUGCAGAUUGGCUCUCAGGUGUUUGACACCGACAUGGUGGUGGUGGACAGAUCUGUCACCGACGUCUGCUUCGAGGGAGUCACCCUCUUCAAAGACGUAGUUCCCCAGUUUGAGCUGAAGGUGGAGCUGUGGAGCUGUUCUCUGGAGGAAGAGCUCGUUUUGCCAAACACACCAAAGAAACUGGCAAAGAAGCUCCGUAACUCCAUUGGAAAGAGCGCUGGAAAGAAGCUCUGCCCCCUGCUGGACACUCCGGAUCCCGACACCUUGCAGGACAACCCGAUACCUUCAGGGGCCAAAUACAGCCUGGUGGCCUACACGACCCUCGGUCUGCCCGAUGCUGAUAGCAGCUUUCAGUCUCACUCCCUCAUUGUCUACCAGGACGCUGAGUGGCCAUCCUGGCUUCCUCUUUAUGGCAACCUGUGCUGCCGGUUAGUGGCACAGCCGGCCUGUAUGACACAGAGCGCGAUGACCGGCUAUUUGAGUCAGAAGGAAAGUGUGGAGGGAGUGAGCCGCUGCUGCAAUCUCUACUGUGUGCUGAGCGCCGGCUUUUUGUCCUGCUACUUCAGCCCAGAGGAAAUCGAUGCUAAAGUGCAGCCCGCCCUUAAUGUGCCAAUCAAUAAUGAGAGCCGGGUCUGUGUGUUGGACAAACAGUCGGCGGGUCGCAAAUCCAAGAGUUUGUCCAUCGUCAACCCGUCCCCCGAGGGAUCCCAGAACCUUGUGUUCACUGCAGACACCAGGGAGGAGCUGGAGCGAUGGAUGGACUCCCUCCACCAGCACCUCUACGACCAGAGCCAGUGGCUUCACUGCUGCGACCGGCUAAUGAAAAUUGAGGUCGCGUCACCACGGAAACCAUCGCUUUUCCUCACCAAGCAGGCGGACUCUGUUUACAACGACCUCAGUAUUAAUUCACCCAGCAAGUUUGAGAGCAUCACAGACAUAAUCCACAGUAAAAUCGAAGAGACAGAUGGCCGCUACCUUAUCGGGCAAGAGGAGACGAAGGAGGCCCCUGACUGGUCCUCUCUCUUUGAUGGCUCCCAUCCAGUGGUGGUGGAGAAGAGUUUUCUUUCCCAGAGCAAAGCCUCCACCCCCGCUUCAAGCCCCAACUCCAAAACCAGCUCCACGCCCGUCAGCAACAAGAAGCGCCGCGCUCCGCCCCCUCCCUCUAACGUGAAGCCCUACGCCGACCCCGCCCGUCCGGCCAGGCCUCCGCUCCCCUCCUCUCUGCAUCACCACCCCCCUCCUCCAAACCAGGAGAAGGAGAACUCUGGCAGCUUCGUCUCACGGCCAGCCCCCAGGUCCAAAACGGGCAGACCCUCGCUGGAUGCCAAGUUCUCCGCCAUCAUCCAGCAGCUCCAGCGGAACAACGCCGGCGCGGCGGCGGCUCCGAGCCGGAAGAACGCUCCCCUGGCCGUCCUGGACGUCCACGGCCCGCCGCCGCCUUCUCUGCAGCAGUCCGUCUACCCGAGCCACGACCUGCGCCCGCCUGAGGACGCAGCGGAUCCCGCGUUUGUCCGAGCCUGCGGUGCUCCCGGCGCCGGUCCUGUCCCUGCGCCCCGCGCCAAGCUGAGGAAGUCUUUCAGAGAGAGGAUGAACUUCAAAGCUUUGUAAUAUCUCAGCCUUUUCCACAUCUUUUCAGCUCCAGAAGUGUAGACGCACUCCUCAUCAGCACGAACGUGGUUCAGAUAAUUCAUGUGAGCUGUUCUUUUUUUGAUUUUUUCCUGUGAUUCACUCAUAAUGCACAGAACCUUGGGUGCACAACUUUAAAUGUAUGGUUUAUUAUCUCUAUUCUACAUGCAGGCUGAAAUGUAGAGACUAAUAUUGGAAUCUGUUACCAUGAACAAGGUUGCAGCAUAAUUCUGGCUACACAUUUGAUUUAUCUCCUUAUCAAACGUCCUCAACGUGUCGAAAGGAUUUAGUUCAAGACCUCACGUUAUUUCAGAAAUGUUCAGUUUACGUAUUCCAAAAACUGGCUUCGAUAUCUUCUUACGAUCGGUGUCCUGUUGAAACUCCCGGUUAUAUUUACAUUUCCUCCUUUUUAACCUGUUGGUUCAGGAGGAAGUUGAAGAAACUAGAGGUAGUCUUCCUCUGCUGUUCAUUGCAGCUCAGGUAAAGCACCCAUAUCAGCUGCAGGGCCACCGGCCCUCAGCAUGACGCUGCCACCAUCAUGCCUGCCAGUUGUUGCAGCGUUCUUUGGUUUAAGAGCCUUUAACUCCUCCAAACAUUCUUCCCGUCAUUAUGCCUAAAGAUAUGAUGCGUUUCUUUUUGGAGGGAUUUGGCUUUUUCUCGUGGGCAGCUGGGAUUUAUCUCUCGGCCACCAGUUCUGCCUUGAAACGUGAUCAAA